UUACAAUAAAGUUUAUAACUAAUUAUGAUAUUUCACGCCAUAGGCACUUGCUUAAAUGAUUUUCAAUAAAGGUCAAGUUGAGUUUAUCAGAUUUCAAUUACCGUUAUUAAUCACGUCAUUAGUUAUUUUCUAAAAAGAUAGAAAAAACAAAUAUUGAUAACACAAUCAAUUCAAAACCUUUUGUAAAGAAAUACAUGGAAUAAUGCUGUUCGGAUUAUUCAUAUUUCUAGUAACAUUAACCAGUUUGGUUGAAUGCACCUCUAUUGACAAGUUACAAACGAAAAUAAAGAAUGGCAUGACAACGGAUCAAGAAAGGUUUUCAUUUGUAGCGAAGAUUGAGAAGGAUGGAAUACAUGUUUGUUCAUGUGUUCUUAUAGACAACAAUGUUGCCAUAACAUUGACGUCAUGCGUUGAAGGGCCAUUGUCAAAUAUAAGAGUUCUAAUCAAGAGUGGUAACCGCGGAAAUUUUACGUCUACAAAGAUUCAGAACACUAUGAAACUUGAUAAGAAUAAAAAGGUCACCUUAAUAGAACUAGAAAAAAAGAUUGCAAACAGAGGCACACUGCCCAGCAGACGAUACAGUAUGAAAAAGAGCUCAGUCUGUAAAGUAGUUGGAUUUUCAU